AUUCAUUUUUUAAAUGUAAGUUUCUUUUCAUCUAUCCUGCCCUGGACUUUUUCCCCCUUCACUUUAUUUGUUGAAGAAACAAAGUCAUUUGUGGAUUACCUCUCCAUGGUAUCAUUUAACAUAUUCUUCUGUCCCUUGUGUUUUAGUAACCCAGUGGCACGAUCUGAUCCAGAUUUGGUUUUAGCACGAAGCUCUGUGUGUGGAAUCCAUACCCUGGCCUCGGAGCCAUUUUUUGGCCAGAGCGUUCUCCUCCCUCUUCUCUGCCUCUGGAGAAGUCACCAGUGUCCCAAGGCCCUGGGAGGCAUGUUCAGGAAUGUGGCUGCCAUCUAUUUGCACCUGGCUGGGCUCUUCCAGAGAAAGAAGGCUGGAACUUCUCUCACUCGGUGCAUGCACCAGACUUUCGCCAUGGCCAAGCGGCUCCAGGCUCGUCGGCUGGACGGGAUUGACCACAACCCAUGGGUGGAGUUUGGCAAAAUGGCCAGUGAGUAUGAUGUCGUGAACUUGGGCCAAGGCUUUCCCGACUUCCCACCCCCCAACUUCGCCAUUCAAGCCUUUCAGCUCGCCCUCAACAGUGACUUCAUGCUCAACCAGUACACCAAGGCAUUUGGUUACCCACCCCUGACAAAGAUCUUGGCAAGUUUCUUUGGGAAGCUCCUGGGACAGGAGAUAGUCCCGCUCAAGAAUGUGCUGGUGACCGUGGGUGCCUAUGGAGCCCUGUUCACAGCCUUCCAGGCCCUAGUGGACGAAGGAGAUGAGGUCAUCAUCAUGGAGCCCUUCUUUGACUGUUACGAACCCAUGACAUUGAUGGCAGGGGGUCGCCCUGUGUUUGUGACCCUGAAGCCGAGCCCCACCCAGGACGGGGAACUGGAUUCCGCCAGCAGCUGGCAGCUGGACCCCACAGAGCUGGCCAGCAAGUUUACCUCUCGUACCAAAGCCCUAAUCCUCAACACACCCAACAACCCCGUGGGAAAGGUGUUCUCCAAGGCCGAGCUGGAGCUGGUGGCCAGCCUGUGCCAGCAGCAUGACGUGAUCUGCAUCAGUGAUGAGGUCUACCAGUGGCUGGUCUACGAUGGUCACCAGCACAUCAGCAUCGCCAGCCUCCCUGGCAUGUGGGAGCGCACCCUGACCAUUGGCAGCGCUGGCAAGAGCUUCAGCGCCACCGGCUGGAAGGUCGGCUGGGCCCUGGGCCCGGACAGUCUCCUGAAGCACCUGCGUACCGUCCACCAGAACACUGUCUAUCACUGUCCCACGCAGGGCCAGGCCGCCGUGGCCCAGAGCUUCCAGCACGAGCAACUGCACUUUGGCCAACCCAGCAGCUACUUCGUGCAGCUGCCGCAAGCUGUGCGGCGUUACCGGGACCACAUGAUUCGCAGUCUGCAGUCUGUGGGCCUGAGGCCCGUGGUCCCCCAGGGCAGCUACUUCCUCAUCGCAGACAUCUCAGACUUCAAGACCCAGAUGCCGGACUUGCCAGGCGAUGCAGAUGAGCCCUACGACAGUCGCUUCGUCAAGUGGAUGAUCAGGAACAAGGGCUUGGCGGCCAUCCCGGUCUCCGUCUUCUACAGCACCCCACAUCGGAAGCAAUUUGACCACUAUGUCCGCUUCUGUUUUGUGAAGGUAAAGGACGGGGGUUUGGAGGGGAGAGAGGACCUCCGCAAGCUCCCCGUGGCCCACUGGUGCUGUGGGGAGGGAGGGGUAGGACUGACCUGUGUUGGUGCAGGACGAGUCCACGCUCCAGGCCAUGGACGAGAAGCUGCAGAAGUGGAAGGAUGAGCUCAGGCCCUGACGUGGCCCCGCCUGGUUCCCGCUUGCUCUGUGCCCGGUUGUCAGCCCCUCCCAGGCUGGGCGUAGAUAGAACUUGGGGCUGCCUACUCCUCCACACAGGAUGUCCCCAGGGAAGAGCCCUCCUUCUUGGUCUUGGUGGGUUCUGGAGCACGCGCUUCCCACAGGACCUGUAUUCCUGUCAUGGUGGGAAGGUGGACCUGACCCGGGCCUCUCCCUGCUUCUCCCUAGAUUGGGUCACAGAGUCUUGGGUCCCCUCCUUGUCUGGGACUCAAGGGAACAGAGUCCAACAGUGUCCUGGCCUUGAGUCCCAGCCCUGCCCUGGCCCCAGCCCAGGCUCCGGCAUCCCUUCCUUUCCUUAUCUGCUUAGGUAACCUCGGGAAGUGGUCUUUAGGCUCGAGUUCUCAAGCGAGUACUUUUCAUCCAUAAUAAAGUUAUAAGUUAUUUACA